AUAAGUCCCGACCAGAGGGGUGGCGACGCUGCCGCCGCUGCUCCUGAGCGACCGGGAGAAGGCUGUGGAUGCGCCAGUACCUCUGCAGGAGCAGGUUAGCAAUGGUCCGUAGUGGAAAAAAUGGUGGACUCCACCUGAAACAGAUUGCAUACUACAAAAGAACGGGGGAGUACCAUCCCACAACGCUAUCAAGUGAAAGAAGUGGAAUCAGAAGAGCAGCCAAAAAAUUUGUUUUCAAAGAAAAUAAAUUGUUCUACGUUGGAAAAGACAGAAAACAAAUGCGCCUAGUAAUUGUCUCAGAUGAAGAAAAGAAAAAGGUGCUUCAGAAAUGCCAUGAAAAUGCUGCAGGCACUCAUCAUGGCAUAUCAAGGACGCUGACUUUAGUGGAAGCUAAUUACUACUGGACCUCUGUUACAAAUGAUGUCAAACAGUGGGUGUAUGCGUGCCAGCAUUGCCAAGUGGCAAAGAGUACAACCACCACCACACUCAAACCAUACCCUAUCAAAGCAGAAGACCCCUGGACAGCAGUCACUGUAGCCUUAAUGGGUCCAUUUAGAGCUACCAAAAGAAGCCACAAGUAUGUCAUAGUCAUGAUAGAUUUGUUCACAAAAUGGACUGUUAUCUUGCCUCUGCGUGAUACUUCAGCAGCUGAAAUAGCUAGGGCAAUCAUCAGUGUGUUUUUCUUAUAUGGACCACCUCAAAAAAUGCCUAUUGACCAAGGGAAGGAGCUUGUUCACCAGAUAAACAAAGAACUAUUUGCACUGUUUGGAAUGAAACAAAUAGUAUUGUCUUAUCCUCAAACCAAUGAAGUGAGUGAAAGAACAUGCAAGACAGUCAAAGCUUUUCUGAACAAAUACUGCAUAGAUCAUCCAAACGAUUGGGAUGAACAUUUGUCUGCUAUUGCCUAUGCUUUCAAUUUGACUAAUUUGGAGCCAGAUCAAAACACCCCUUAUUUCCAGAUGUUUAGUCGUAACCCGUAUGUUGUUGAACCAGUGAACAUAUGUGUGGAAGGAGAAGACAACAUGUUUGCGAAAAUAUUUGAAGCAACUAGAGGAGCUAAUCAAGCACUUGAAGAAGAGAAAACCUCAAAUGGCCAGGUGGAGAAAACCACUUCAGAUGAACAGAAACCUAGAAAUAAAAUCAACAUCAAAAGAAAGCCAAAGCAGUUAAGUACCCUUCGACUUAAAGUUGGUCAUGAAGUCCUCAGACAGAGAAAAAAUUGGUGGAAAGAUGGUCGUUUCCAGUCAGAAUGGGUUGGUCCUUGUAUUAUAGAUUAUAUUACAGAAAAUGGCUGUGCAAUAUUAAGAGAUGCCACAGGAUCCAGAUUGAAAAGGCCCAUCAAGAUGUCUCACCUCAAGCCGUACGUAAGAGGGUCCAAUGAAAAAGAUGACCACUACUUUUUACAAGAUGCGAUAGUUGUUGACCAUGACUACACUGGCUUAUCUGAGAGAUCCUAUAACGCAGACCAGCAGGAUCCUGCUGCUGAAGAGGAAAUAAAUGCCUAUGUGAGAAGUGUCACGUCUGCUGUGCAAACACCACCUUCAGCCUGCAAAGACCAAGAAUCAGCAGAUGGUGGACAUCAGUCUGAGAUGACAGAAGAUCAUUGCGUUGAACCAAACAGUGCAAAGCCAGCACAAUGGCCUUCACCUUGCUGGACACUUGAGACCAAGAUAGAAGAUUCUUAAGCAGGCUCAUGGCUUUUUAUUGACAAACAGUUUGGAGUACAUGUGGCAGACAGACAAAGUUUGAAUAGUUCCAAGUUCCUCAACCAAAUCCACUUUGCUGUAUGAAUUUAAGAAUACCGAAGUGGGCAUUAAAAAGCAAUCACUCUGUUAACAAAAUGUAGGCACAACCUGGUAAAAGCACGUGUUCUACUGUACAUACUUAAAAACAAGUAAAUUACCGGCGUUAAUUGAA